AUGGUUUCUGCCUUCUUGUUGAUCUCUCCCGUUGCUAUUUUGUCCAAUCUCAAUGGUCUUGGGGCAAAGUGGGAUGAGGGUGGCAAUUCUUCACAUCAGUCCAUUGUCUGCAGUGGAGGUGGCGGAGAGGGGAAGAGAAACGCUACCGCGGGUGGAGAUUUAAAGAAGCUUCGCGCAGGUGGGGGCGGAGAGGGGAAGAGAAACGCUACCGCGGGUGGAGAUUUAAAGAAGCUUCGCGCAGGUGGGGGCGGAGAGGGGAAGAGAAACGCUACCGCGGGUGGAGAUUUAAAGAAGCUUCGCGCAGGUGGGGGCGGAGAGGGGAAGAGAAACGCUACCGCGGGUGGAGAUUUAAAGAAGCUUCGCGCAGGUGGGGGCGGAGAGGGGAAGAGAAACGCUACCGCGGGUGGAGAUUUAAAGAAGCUUCGCGCAGGUGGUGGCGGAGAGGUGAAGAGGAACGCCGCUGGAGGGGGCGGAGAUGUGAAGAGGAAGGCAGAUAGAGAUCUACGAGAAUACUUCAAGUCCGGCCAUGAGUCAGCAAUGGCAAGAAAUGGAUGA